GGGGAAGGGUGGUGGUGGGUCAGGUGUGGAGGUGCUCAGCCCUUGGUAGGUCUCGGAAGGGGGUUGUGUUACAGGGUCCAGGGGCCCUUUCCAGUGUUAUUUAGUUUUUUGUUUUUUAAAGUGGGGUGUGUGGGGCAAGUAAGGCUCUAGAGAGGGGCGGUAGGAGUCCAUAGUUGCCCCCCCUCUCAAUUCCUCUUUUUGGAAGGAGUUGGGGGAGUGGGGAACCUCCUGACCAGUCUUGCCUGCGCUGUCGAAAAGCCAAGCUUCUCGAGAUUCUGAGUUCCCACCUCUCUCUGGUGGUGGAAAGGAGCACCCAGGAAGUUGCUUUGAGGGUGUUUCUGCAAGGCGGCGCUGCAGUUUGCUGCCAAGAGUGAGAUGAUCGUCUUGUCCAGUUAACUUCCUUUGUUUGGCCUCUACCUGCGGAAGGGAAGAAGAAGGAAACUGCACUCUUGUCAAGGGAGAGUCCCCCACCUGAGGCUCUCCCAGGCUCUGCAACCAUUUGGCAUCAGCAGUUCCUGGCUCCACAGACCCGAGGAUGGCUGCUAAUAUAGGCGACCAGCGUAACUCAGAAUGGGCUCCCCAGUACAACCUGGGCAACGGGAGCACAAGAGAGAAUGGAAUGGAAGGGCCAAUGCAUGAAAACCCUGAAUGGGAGAAGGCCCGGCAAGCGCUGGCAAGCAUUAGUAAAGCCAAUGCUGCUGCUGCUUCUGGCAACAAUAAAGGUGCUACCAAUGGGCAGGCUAAUACACAGUACACAGCCCAGCAAGGGGAAUCCUUGCAGCAGCAACAGCAGUACUACCAGUGGUAUCAGCAGUACAGCUACCUCUACCCCUAUAAUUACUAUUAUCCUAUGAAUGUCUACCCUGGGUAUGGCUCUCCUGGACAAUAUGGUGUCCCAGGCUCUUACUCAUCUUCAACACAACAGCAGCCACCAGCUCCUGGACAGCACCAAGGAAACAUGAACCAGCCUCCAGUCCCAGGCAUGGAAGAUGGAGGGAUGCCCUACCCAAGCCAACAGCAGCAAAUGCAAGUCCCCAACCCACCACAGUCUCCUAUGCAACACCCCGGCCAUCCUUCACAGCAUAGCAACCAUCCCAUGGGCCCCGGGGGGCAGCAACAGCAGGGUGGGCCUCCUGGAGGGCCACAUUCUCAACAAAACCAAUCCAAUGUCCCCUACAACCAGCAGCAGCAUUCCUACCAGGACGUGGCCAAGCCCAAGAAAGGGCAGCAGCUCUGGAACCGCAUGAAACAAGCACCUGGGUCUGGUGGCCUGAAAUUCAACCUCCCCAAACGCCCCUUUGUGGUAACAAAUCAGAACUUCAACUCUUCAGAGCAGCAGCAGCAACACGGCAACUUUGGUUCUCAGCAGAAUUCUGAGAAACGCCACAACCACAGUUCUUCGACAGGUAAGCCUGAAGACUGGCCACAGGACAUGAAGGAAUAUGUCCAGCGUUGUUUCACAGCCUGUGAAUCAGAGGAGGACAAAGACCGCACUGAAAAGCUGCUCAAGGAAGUGCUACAAGCCAGGCUGCAGGAUGGCACGGCCUACACAAUCGACUGGAGCAGAGAGCCACUUCCAGGCCUGAGCCGAGACAACAUGGCUGAAAGCCCCAAAAAGAAACCGCAACGCUGGGAGAUGCCUGCUCUCCACUCUCCACGCAACUCCAUGCAGCCCAGCCUUUCCCAGCAGCAGCAACGGGGCGGCGGUGGCAGCUCCCAGCCCCAGCGAGGAGGGGGUAAUGGGGGAGCUGGGACUGGCCGGGCUCGUGGAAACGGCUUCAUAACCAAAUUCGGAAAUCGUAACGUCUUCAUGAAGGAGAACAGCUCAUCUUCAAGUGUCGAUUCACGUUCCAGGUCCCGGUCCUCAUCCCGGUCUCCCAGCCGCCACUUCCGACGGAGUGAUUCUGAAUCGGACAGUUCCUACUCGGGGAAUGAGUGCCGCUUGGGUGGCCGCAGGAAUGCCCAGAAGAACCGGGGCCGUGGGGGCCACAUGGAUAGAGGCCGGAUGAGAGCCCAGCGAGGAAAAAGGCACGACCAGGGGCCUUCCAAGCGCAACCGGAAGCGCAACACUAUGGACUAUGAAGAUCCCGAGAAGGAGUUCAAGAAGGAACGGCGGGCAGCCCGUUUCCAGCAUGGAGUCCACUCCAAAAAGCUUCGCCUGGAGCCCCUCAUCCUGCAGAUCAACAACCUUGACCCCACUGGCUCUGAUGGCCUUGACUGGAAUGAGCUGAAGAUCGUGGGCACUUGCCAGGAGAUCACCAAACAUUACCUGCGCCUCACUUGCGCACCAGACCCCUCGACCGUCCGACCUGUCUCAGUACUUAAAAAAUCCUUGACCAUGGUGAAAUCCCACUGGAAAGAGAAGCAGGAUUACGCCUAUGCUUGUGAGCAGAUGAAAUCCAUCCGGCAGGACCUUACAGUUCAGGGUAUCCGUACAGAAUUCACUGUGGAGGUCUAUGAAACUCAUGCCAGGAUAGCACUGGAGAAGGGUGACCAUGAGGAGUUCAAUCAGUGUCAAACGCAGCUGAAGUCCCUCUAUGCAGAGAACCUCCCUGGAAACGUCGGAGAAUUCACUGCAUACCGUGUCCUCUACUACAUUUUCACCAAGAAUUCAGGGGACAUCACUACGGAGCUGGCAUACUUGACGAAAGAGUUGAAAGCGGACCCCUGCGUGGCCCACGCACUCGCCUUGCGAGCGGCCUGGGCCCUGUCCAAUUACCACCGCUUCUUCUGCCUGUACCGCCAGGCGCCCUGCAUGUCCGGCUACCUCAUUGACAAGUUCGCUGAACGAGAGAGGAAAACGGCCCUCAAAGCCAUGAUCAAAACUUUUCGCCCGGUGCUUCCCGUCUCCUACGUUGUGUCAGAGCUGGCCUUCGAGAGCGAGGAGGAGUGCCAAGCCUUCCUCGCAGCUCUGUCCCUUGUCUAUACUAGCCCCGACGCCACCAAGAUUGACUGCAAGCAGAGCUUGGCGGUCCUGGCCAAUUUCUGAAAGCAUAAACCCCACUGCCCUGCCCUGUUUUAACAUGUACAUAUAUAGAGAGAGAGAUGUGUGUGUGCGUGUGUAUAUAUGUAUAUAAAACCAGAUUCAGUUAGCUGCUGGGGGCAUGCCAGAGCCUAGCUGUACCACCACUCCUGCUGUCCACAACGCACACGGAUAGAAGAGGGUAAGAUCCAUGGACACCGGAUGACAUCUAAGACCGACAGGAAUGGAGAAGAACAGAGUUCGUUCUAACAAUUUUGUUUUUUUGCCAGCAGCAGGGUAGGGCGGUGCGUGUGGGAUAAUUUUACAUCAGUUUACAAUCAUCUGGUGUGUGUUUUCUUCCCCUCGUGUCAAGAUCCGUGUGAGAACAUAGCUGAAAAACCCCUCCAUCAUCCAUUGGUCAGAAAUUCCUAAGAUUAGGGGUUGGGAAAAGAACAGGGAUCUGUAAAUGAAUUACUGGAAGAUACGGAUUUAAUUACUGUCUCUUCUUGUGUUACCAUCCCUUUGCUCUCAAGAGAGUGUUCAGGAAGCUACAAUAUUUCCUCCCUAACCCACGGGGGGGAUCCCUUUGUCUAUUUUUUUCUAAAACCACACUAGUAUCUUUCCAGAGGCAUAGUUUCAUCUAGAUUCCACUUGGCAAACCUCUCUGAAAGCAGCAGUACAUGAGAACAAAUAGUUCCUUUGUGUAAAUAUGUGGAAUAUAAUUUUGUACAGAAGCUACAAGUUGUAAAUAAUGCUAGGAAAACUGUUGUUUUCUAAGAGAGAGAAAAAAUCCUAUGCUUUUCUACUUUUAUAAUGAUGAGUUUAACAGAUGGUUUUCUCUGAAGAUGAAAAAUCCAGGUUGUUUUGUGUGCGCAUUUAUGUUCUCCGUUGUGCUCCUCAAAAACUAACGCUGUCUCAGUUUUUUCCUCUUCCGAGCUGCUGCCUGGCUCCAAAAAAGCAUGAGGGGAGAGAGAGAUGCCACCUCUCCAGCCAAACAAAAAACCAGCCUGAGGAGGAAGAGCAAAGCAAAAUCUGCCUUCACACUUUUCCAAUGAGUUCAAAGACUUUUUCCUAUGCAGAGGAGAAUGUAACAGACUUCUUUGUAAUUGAAACCCUUGCGGAUGUGGCAACAUGAAAUGAAGAGAAUCAAAUCAAGGCGAUAAGCAAUAGCUGUGGAAUCAAACCGACCCGCAAGCUGAUCCUCGCGACCUGCUCUUCCGUUGUGUUCUGGAGUUGUCAUGCUAAUUUUAUUUAUUUAUAUAUAUUUUUCUCCCUCUGUCCUCAGUUCUUUACAGGUAAACUCCGAAAAUGCACCACCUCAUUUUCACUUUUCCCGUCACAUUGUUUCAGUUUGUUUUAAAGUUUUAAAAGAUUGUCUAAUUGUCUUAUUUUCCUUUUUCUCUCUCCCCCCUCCUUCCUGCCCUUUAGUCUCUCUAGCUUUCCUUCCCCCUUGCCCCUGCUUCUCCCCUCCUUUGCUCUAACUCCUCCUUUCUUUCUCUUUUUGUUUUUGAACAUGUGUAAUUUUGGGAUGUUUUGGCUUGGGCUGGAUUUCUCAAAGAUUCCUUUUUCCUUUUCAGAAACCUCUGAACUUUUUUCCAUUUGAUUAAAAGCAUUUUUAAAACAAGCAGAAA